AUGCCAACUGAUUCUCAAGUUUACAGAUCUACCAGGUCAAGCUCGCCAAAGACCUUCUCUUUUGAAGAUGCCAUCAUUCAAGGUUUGGCUACCGACGGUGGUCUUUUCAUCCCACCAACCAUCCCUCAAGUCGACCAGGCUACUCUUUUCAAUGACUGGUCAAAGCUUUCCUUCCAAGAGUUGGCUUUCGAAAUCAUGAGACUUUAUAUUGACCAAGCCGAGAUUCCAGAUGCUGAUCUACAAAGCUUGAUCAAGAGAUCCUACUCUACUUUCCGUUCCGAAAAAGUUACACCUCUAGUUCAGAAUGUCACCGGUGACAAGGAAAACUUGCACGUCCUGGAGCUAUUCCACGGUCCAACCUACGCUUUUAAGGAUGUUGCCUUGCAAUUUGUCGGUAACCUUUUCGAAUAUUUCCUACAAAGAACCAACGCCAACUUGCCAGAAGACAAGAAGAAGCAAAUCACUGUUGUCGGUGCCACUUCUGGUGACACUGGUUCCGCAGCCAUCUACGGGUUGAGGGGCAAAAAGGACGUUUCCGUUUUCAUCUUGUAUCCAACCGGUAGAAUCUCUCCAAUCCAAGAAGAACAAAUGACUACUGUCCCAGACGAAAACGUCCAGACUUUGUCUGUCACUGGUACUUUUGACAACUGUCAAGACAUUGUUAAGGCUAUCUUUGGUGACAAAGAAUUCAACUCCAAACACAACGUCGGUGCCGUGAACUCCAUCAACUGGGCAAGAAUCUUGGCUCAAAUGACCUACUACUUCUAUUCUUUUUUCCAAGCCACCAACGGUAAGGAUUCCAAGAAGGUUAAAUUCGUGGUCCCAAGUGGUAACUUUGGUGACAUAUUGGCAGGUUACUUUGCUAAGAAGAUGGGUUUGCCAAUUGAAAAAUUAGCCAUUGCUACCAACGAAAACGACAUCUUGGACAGAUUUUUGAAAUCUGGGUUAUACGAAAGAUCCGACAAAGUCGCAGCUACUUUAUCUCCAGCCAUGGAUAUCCUAAUCUCAUCGAACUUCGAAAGACUAUUGUGGUAUUUAGCUCGCGAGUACUUGGCUAAUAACGAUGACUUAAAAGCAGGUGAAACUGUUAACAACUGGUUCCAAGAAUUGAAAACCAACGGUAAGUUCCAAGUCGACAAAUCCGUCAUCGAAGGUGCAGCAAAGGAUUUCACAUCUGAAAGAGUUUCUAACGAAGAAACUUCUGAGACAAUCAAGGACAUUUACCAAUCGUCUGUAAAUCCAAAACAUUACAUCUUGGAUCCUCAUACAGCCGUCGGUGUUUGCGCCACAAAAAGAUUGAUCGCAAAAGACAACGACAAAUCCAUUCAAUAUAUCUCUUUAUCAACCGCUCAUCCAGCCAAAUUCGCUGAUGCUGUCAACAAUGCAUUAUCUGGAUUUUCUAACUAUUCAUUCGAAAAGGAUGUUUUACCUGAAGAUUUGAGGAAAUUAUCCACACUAAAGAAGAAAUUGAAAUUCGUUGAAAAAGCCGAUGUAGAAUUAGUCAAGAGCGCUAUUGAAGAAGAACUUGCUAAAAUGAACCUAUGA